UAUUAAUUAUAAUAUUUCAUCCUUAUAGAAUGCUCAAUGAUUAAGAAAUUAUUUUUUCUAAUAAAUAAUCGACAUUCUGAAGAAUCAACUCUGUCAUAAAAAAAUCCCCGGUAAGUUUACUCGAAAAACUGCAUAUAUAUUUUAAAAUAAAAAAAUUGUAUGUACUCUUUUUAGUUUUUAAAACAUUUUAUCAAUUUUAUUAAUUUACAUUAGAAAUUUAUAUUGUGCGGUCAUCAUGGUUCAUGAAUCUAUGAAAAUCCUUGGUUUAGUGAUCUCUGCGAUCAAGAACAUUUGUGAACUCAAAGGAUCUACGUCGCGAGAAAUUCUUCACUAUAUUUCCUCUAUUUAUAAUAUCCCAACUACAACAGCGCGAUAUCAAAUACAGAAUACCUUAAAGCGCGGAGUCACUUAUGGUAUCUUGAAGAAAAGUGACGGUCACUACAGUUUGCCGACUGAUAGCGAGAUUGCACGGCAGGAAGUGGCUAUUCAAGAAAUCGGUUUGUUAGAUCAGUAUCGUCAGCGAAAAACUCAUCGAUCGAGAGGUCACAGAGUACGACGUAGUACAGAUGCUAGGAUCAGUCAAAGAAGAUAUAAAAGAAAAAGUGCUUGACGAAAUCUCGAGAAUAUAGACUAAAGUGAGAACAGAAGCAUGAGAAAAGAUGCAAGUGCAGAGACGUUGGAAAAUGCGUUCACGUUCCAUCACGAUGGAAUGAGGGAGCCCAAGAUCAAACAUAACUUGGAUGGUGAUAUUUUAACCAGAUCAGAACAGAUUACGACAGAGACUGACAAAAACAUUGCGGUUGUCGAGAUUGAACAAAAUAAUUGUUCGAAUAUGACUCUGCGGAACGA